UCGAUACAUCACUAAUUUAUUUCAUUUGAUCUAUUUGAUCGCUAAUUUUUUUUUGUCUUAGUAUUAUCGCACAAGUUUUUAAUUUCUAAAAUAAUGUCGUGAUAUGAAAUAAUAGAAAAACUUGCUUCUACUUUUAUUAUCAUUAUAGAGUUUCGCAAUUUACGUGAGAUUUACCGUGCUGUGUUGUGUUUGCUAAACGUGGAACUCUCCACCGGCUGAUUUUUUAAAUAUUUUUAUUGUGAUUUUUUGUGCAUAUGUAAUGGGUGAUAGAGACUGGAGACCGUUUGUUUACGGCGGUUUGGCGUCGAUUGUCGCGGAAUUUGGUACCUUCCCAAUCGACACAACAAAAACUCGACUCCAGGUUCAGGGGCAGAAGAUUGAUCCGAGACAUGUGGAGCUGCGGUAUACGGGCAUGGUGGACUGCUUUAUAAAGACAUCGCAGCAGGAAGGAGUCAAAGCCUUGUAUUGUGGCAUAUGGCCGGCAGUACUGCGGCAAGCUACAUAUGGCACUAUAAAGUUUGGCACGUAUUACUCCAUGAAGAAGGCAAUAGCGAAGCACCGAGCCGACGGUGGCACCAAGGAGCACCUGCUGACCAAUACAUUUUGUGCAGCGUUCGCUGGAGGCCUGUCUAGCGCCAUUGCCAAUCCUACUGAUGUAUUAAAAGUUCGAAUGCAGACGGGCACGGAGCGCGGCGGCGUGGCGCGGUGCGCGGCGGCGACGUGGCGGCGCGAGGGCGCGCGCGGGCUGUGGCGCGGCGCGGGCGCGACGGCGCAGCGCGCGGCCGUGAUCGCGGCCGUGGAGCUGCCCGCGUACGACGCCUGCAAGCGCCGCCUGCUGCCCGCGCUCGGCGACGCGCCGCCCAACCACCUCGCCUCCAGCCUGCUCGCCAGCCUCGGCAGCGCCGUCGCCAGCACGCCGCUCGACGUCGUCCGGGUCGCUAUACAUUACAUCACAUUACAUCGCAACACAUCGCAAUACAGCGCAUUACAUCACAUCCACAUCCACAUCAAUACCCACAUCCACAUCACCAUCCGCAUUCACAUUCACAUCCAUAUCCGCAUCCACAUUCAUAUCCGCAUCCACAUCAUCAUCCGCAUCCACAUUCCCAUCCACAUCCACAUCUACAUCACCAUCCGCAUCCACAUUCACAUAGAUAGAUAGAUAGAUAAUUUUAUUUGCAUUACUUACAGCACACAAAUUACAACAUACAUACACAAAAAAAAGCGAGAUAACAUAAAUGGCAAAAAAUACAUAAAACCAAAUGCAACUUUCGUUUGUGAGUGUGCCAUAGCUAUACAAA